CAAUCUCACAGAACCGUUAGUGACUUUUCCGGAUCCGGACACGCCGCCACCUGUCAGUGACGCUGUCACAUUGACGGGCGGUUCUCCGUCCCAGUUGAGUUCCCUGAAUUCCCUGAACAAUCUUCAUCAUGGCAUGAGCCCGCCGAUCAAUAUACCUAAUAUGGCAAAUCUACCUACCGGCCAGGAAACUAUGAAGUACGAACAGAAAAAGGUGACCAGCGCUUCUAAAACAAAGGUCGUCACGGAUGGAUUUAGCGCCGAGAAGGCGACGGCGAACAGCGCCGAGAUGAGAGCCCUGCAAGCCGGUGAUGUCUCGUACAAGGAGCAGAGCGCCGCGACGGCGGCGAGGGCACGUGUCGAGCUCGAUGGCGUCUCGGCGGAGAAAAGCGUCGCUGCCGCGAGGGAACAGAGAAGCUUGAAAGCUGGCGAUCUGUCGCAUCAGGAGAGCAACAACAUGGCAGCAUCUACGAUGAAGCUCCAGAGCGACUCGUUCACUUCCGAAAAGAAAGCGAUGGCGGCGCAGCAGCAACGACAGACAGUCACAUCGACCGGCAUCUUCAACCACGAGAAACACAUGGCGUCAAGCUCGCAAUCAAGCAUCACGAUCGCGUCCAAGUCGGGUGUGAGCGCAUCCAAGUCGAUGAUCAACGCGGCGAGUGCGGUUAAUCAGCUGAUGAACGGUAUGCGACCGCCAACGGCCGAGGACGAGCUACUAUCCCUGCCAUUGGACGAUCUCGACUUACUGUGUUCUAAGUCGAAUCCGCAGGAUGUGGACUGCGCGAUCGCCAAGUACUGUAGCCUGCUCGACAGCUUCGUUGAACGACUGAAGGCAAGCGCCGACGGCAGCAAGAGCAGCAGCACCGGCAGCAAGGCACCGCAGUUGCUGAAUAGGGUAAACGAGAUCAUUCGGAAAGCUUGGGCGGUGCCGACUCAUGGCCACGAAUUGGGCUACACCCUAUGCAAUACCUUGAGAACACGCGGUGGACUCGACCUCCUAAUGUCGAAUUGCGUUGCGAACGAUCACGAGCUGCAAUUCUCGUCAGCGAGGCUACUGGAGCAGUGCCUGACUACGGAGAAUCGCGCCCACGUAGUGGAGAACGGCCUGGAAAAGGUGGUAAACGUAGCGUGCGUGUGCACGAAGAACGCCAAUUCGGUAGAUCACGCGCGCGUUGGCACUGGGAUCCUCGAGCAUCUAUUCAAGCAUAGCGAAGGCACGUGCAGCGACGUGAUCCGGCUGGGCGGUCUGGACGCGGUGCUAUUUGAAUGCCGGAAGAACGACGUGGAGACACUGCGACAUUGUGCGGGAGCGCUCGCAAAUCUGUCGCUGUACGGCGGCGCCGAGAAUCAGGAGGCGAUGAUCAAGCGUAAAGUGCCAAUGUGGCUGUUUCCACUCGCCUUCCACAACGACGACAACAUCAAGUACUAUGCCUGCCUUGCGAUCGCUGUAUUAGUCGCCAACAAGGAGAUCGAGGCGGCCGUGCUCAAGUCCGGCACCCUCGACCUCGUCGAGCCGUUUAUCACAUCACACAACCCUUACGAGUUUGCCAAAUCGAACCUGGCGCACGCCCACGGCCAGAGUAAGAACUGGCUGGAGAGGCUCGUGCCGGUCUUGAGCUCGAAGCGGGAAGAGGCCCGCAAUCUGGCGGCUUUCCACUUCUGCAUGGAGGCGGGUAUCAAGAAACAGCAGGGCAACACCGAGAUAUUCCGGACAAUCGGCGCGAUCGAGCCACUGAAAAAAGUUGCCAGCUGUCCCAACGCGAUUGCGUCCAAGUACGCGGCUCAGGCGUUAAGAUUGAUCGGCGAGGAAAUUCCGCAUAAACUCAGCCAACAAGUACCUUUGUGGUCCACCGAGGACGUCCGCGAGUGGGUGAAACAGAUCGGCUUUGCUGAGGUUGUCCCGAACUUUGUGGAGAGCCGGGUGGACGGCGAUCUGUUACUGCAGUUGACGGAAGAGAAUCUACGAGAGGACAUUGGUCUGACGAACGGUAUUAUGCGCCGGAGGUUCGCUCGAGAGCUACAGAAUCUGAAGAAGAUGGCCGAUUACAGCAGCCGGGACACCGGUAAUCUAAAUAGCUUUCUGCAGUCGAUCGGCCAAGAGUUCUCCAUUUAUACGUACAGCAUGUUGAACGCCGGCGUGGACAAGGAUUCGAUACGCAAUCUCUCGGAGGAUCAGUUGCUGAACGAGUGCGGUAUCGCCAACAGCAUUCACCGAAUCAGGAUACUCGACGCUAUCAAGAACAUGCAGCACAAUCAAUUCAGCUCGUGCGAGUAUGAAUCGCCGGAUAAGUCGCUCGACGUGUUUGUCAGUUAUCGCAGAUCGAAUGGCUCGCAACUGGCGAGUCUAUUAAAGGUGCACUUGCAGUUGCGCGGCUUCUCGGUGUUCAUCGAUGUCGAGAGGCUAGAAGCUGGCAAGUUUGACAACAAUCUGUUGCAGAGCAUCAGGCAGGCUAAACACUUUCUCCUUGUGCUCACACCCUCGGCUUUGGAGAGGUGUAUACAGGACACAGAGUGCAAGGACUGGGUUCACAGGGAAAUCGUUGCCGCAUUGCAAUCACAAUGUAACAUAAUCCCUAUCAUUGACAACUUUCAAUGGCCGGAACCUGAGGAACUUCCCGAGGACAUGCGGACGGUCUGCCACUUUAACGGUGUUCGCUGGAUUCACGACUAUCAAGACGCCUGCGUAGACAAAUUAGAAAGGUUUAUGCGAGGCGAAAUACCUAUGAGAUCUGAGGUCUUGUCCGCCGGACUUCCGCGCAGCAUGGCGCCCAAGGACGUGACCCAGCCGAGCACACCGGGUAGCACGAACAUACGACAGCCGCCUAACUAUCAGCGGAUGCACAGUAACGAGAGCAGGGGCAGCGACAAAGAUUCCACGGCCAAGAUUGCGAAUCGCUCUAUGACAAUCACGACUAGGCUUAAAAAAUCGUCGAGUCCGUCCCGUUGGUUGAUGGGUCUGCCACCCACGUCACCACGCUUCAAAUUCAUGCACGCGCAUUCAGGGAAUGCCAUCGGCAGUCCGGCAGUACCUCGCAGGCCGCCACGACAGCCUCCUUCGCCAUCAACGCGUUCGCGUUCUUUGGAACUGCUAGACCAGCAGGAACAGGAGCGGAAGAUGUCGGUCUCCUCUGCAAUCGUUCAAAGACCACCGCUUCCCAGACCCAGACCAAGGUCACGCAGUCUGGACGAUCUUCUGGAUGAAGACGUGAAAAGCGGCGCGGAGGAGUCCUGCGAGGAGCAAAACAAAACGCAGUGUGAGAAAAAUCGUUCACUGACAAAUCCAGAGGAGAAUAAAACCAUCCCUGCUUCAAAAGAAAAUCAAAAGAAGUCUAAUACCGAAGGUAUCGAGUCCAAGGAUGAACCAAGACCGGUUCCCCGGAUGAAAUCGAAGAUACCCGACGCUGUCGAAUUCCAGUCCGAGAUGGAGGAUGCGCGAACGUCCUCGAACAAGGAUGAAAAUGACAAAGAAAUUUUGUCAACGCGUCCUUCGAAGCCGAGUCGAUAUUCUAGUUCGGAAGAACAGUCUUCGAUAAGUUCCAGCAAGCACUCUAGAAAUCAAGAGCAUCAGGUAGAAGAACAGAGAAUCAGGGAAACGGCACAAGAGAGGCUGACGACGCGAAGUAACGACGAGAAAGACGACUACAACGAUGACAAGUCGACGAUAUUGCUGAAAGCAUCGAGAAGCUGUGGUGCGGGACUGGAUUCUGACGGAAGCAUCUCGUCAAGUGAAUAUGGCGGGCCCAGGGCUCGUGCGAAGGGCCCGGGCUCGCUAUUGUCGUUGCCAGCAGGCGCAGAACCUAAACGCAAGCGAAACUUCAUGGAUAAGUGCGUGAACAAGGUGCGGUCGUUUAUGAAGAAGUGAAGCGAAGAAAAACUUCUUGUUAUUUAAUUCCGUGGAUCGAACCGUAAGUUGAAAAUCGAACGCGAGGCGCUAUGGAAGAUGUCUGGAGGAUGAAAAUAAUAUAAAUAUCUUUGAUCAUCCAAAAAUCACACGCGAAUUUUAGAUAUCUAAAAAAACAUUAAAAAGUUUCCAGAAAGUCUCGUUGGUAGUUUCAGGACUUUUAAAAAAAAUUUAGAUAUCCAAAAAGUAUUUAUAUAGAAAGAAACGUGAAAAGAAGUUUAAGCUUCUUAAAAAGUAUUUUAGAUUUCUAGAAUCAUACACUAAAUCUUAGAUUUAGUUUAAAAAAUUAAAAGGCGCAUUUAAAAACUCUAUUUAAAGGAAGUGUAGUCGAGGAAAUUAUUUAAAUAUCUUUUAAACGUUGUUUGGGAGUCUUCGGUGUCUUUCAAGCCAUUGUUUGCGAAAAUUUUCAGCGGUCGCUAUCGGCGAUUUCUGAAUUUCGCAGCACUGAAUAACUUCGCGUAUUUACUCUCGUGAUGCGAAGAUAUAUUCUGAAUUUCGUGCGGAGUUCGUGAUCUGCAUCGUGUACAGUGACAGGCAGCAUGAAAGUAUAUAGCGAAAUGUUGUGCCUAAACAUGCGACAAGUGUCUUCGUAGAAGUCCCAAGAUUCGGGAUACGUAUGUUUACGCGAAUUUAGCCUGCUUUUCCAGGUGCUCUUUUGUAUUGUAUUUUUCUCUCGUUGAAUUGUAUUGUAUACAUUAUACAUAUACACUACAUUGUAUAUGUUAGAAACGAACGAACGCAUCGAGAACGUUUAGCUAAGGCGGCUAGGUCGUUAUUUGUAAUACUAUUUUUCUAGACAGUUCUUUUCUUUUAGAGAACUUCGCGUUUAAAGACGCGUGUGACUCGCAUGGUCACGAAUGGUUGUUUUUGUCGCAGCUAAUACCAGAAACAUGUUAUACACAAGCGCACGGUGUGUUCGGUAGUAGUGUUCGUGGUCAAGCGACAUUCCUUCUUGAAAGCGAAGAAGAUCUUUGUGAAAAGUCGAAACAGAAAGGAAUUUUUUCCUUAUUAAUAUUUAAUCGAAUGUAUGCCACGUUGGUUUUUUCUUUUCUUUGUGCAGCUCUUAGAAUAUUUUCGAAUUUAAAUAUCUUGGUAGCUAUACUUCGAGUUAAGAUUCCAUUAAAAUAGAACUCAUCUAAAAUUGGUUAAAGAAAAAAGCUUUACUUGUCAAUUUAUACGAUUCCUACUUUCCCAUUCUAAAAUCUCUAUGUUUUCAAUCGCGCGCGACCGUGAAUUAUUCACAUCUCAAUAUUAUCGCCAGGAAAAAAAUGGUAUCAACUUGCGGUAAGGUACGUUGCGCGCAAUAAACACGCUCAUUACCGAACAUCCGAUACACAAUCGUAACCGUCCCUCGAGUCGCGCGAUAUUUUAUUAUUUAACACUGUUUUUAUCGUACCAAUUGCUGAUACUCGGCUCUCGCCGAAAGUCGACAUGGCAACGCUUCGAUAUUCGUAGCUUAAGAGAUCCGCCUGAUUAUCGUAAAACUGUAUAUUUUACCAAAGUUUCAUAAAGUUACGAGUUUUAUCGAGAUGUUUGAAUGUUUCUCAAAAAUAAAUUUUAUUUAGCGAAA